UGAAGGGCCAUUAAUUGGCGGGCUCAUCGCUUGUUUCUGACCGCUGCCGUUGCUGCUUUUCUCUUUAUUCUUCUUUUAGAGCGAUACGGCAGCUUAAACGGAGCAGGAAGCAGCAAGCACUUAAGCCGGAGUACCUGAUGAAGCCUGAAGCCUGAAGCCUGAAGCUUUGUCAUACGUCUGCGCGAUCCAUUUCUGGACGCUUCUACAAGGGCUCUCAAUAUUAAAGUCAACCAACCGGUCUUUGACCUUUGAAAACAGGGAGUCCAGAGGCUUAAUUUGGUACAAGUCAUUGAAUGAUGAUAACAAGCUCAUCCAAAUAUGCACAUGAAGGUGGAGAGACCUCCAGCUCUAAACCCAUCGAAAAGUGGAUGGCAUUUCCGAGGGUAGAAUCUAAAGCACAUUCAAAUGAGAUACUUGAGGAAUCGAAGGACACUGGAAGCAAUCAAUCGGCGGCUGAAACGGCAGCAGAACGGGGACUGAGUGGGAAUCCUAGCAGCCAAAUUGGGGGCUUGAGGUCAUCAGGAGAGGGAACCAAGUUAACCAUGGAAAGGACUGUGGAAGGAGCAAGGACAUCAGAUGAGUCGAGUAAUGCUCUGGAAUCAAGCUUGCUUCGGGUCUCUCAAGAACUGAAGGAUGCAUUGUCAACACUAAAGCAGACGUUUGUUGUAUCAGAUGCAACCAGGCCUGAUUGCCCUAUCAUGUAUGCUAGUGCUGGCUUUUUCAGCAUGACAGGCUACUCAUCAAAGGAGGUUAUUGGAAGAAACUGUCGGUUUCUUCAGGGACCAGAUACAGAUAAGAAGGAAGUAGCAAAAAUAAGAGAAGCUGUAAGGACAGGAAAAAGCUACUGCGGGCGGCUCUUGAAUUACAAGAAGGAUGGCACGCCAUUCUGGAACCUUCUUACGGUGACCCCCAUAAGGGAUGACCAUGGGAAGGUUAUCAGAUUUAUAGGAAUGCAGGUUGAGGUCAGCAAAUAUACAGAAGGUCUAAAUGACAAAACAUUGCGUCCAAAUGCUUUGCCAGUGUCACUAAUCCAUUAUGAUGCACGACAGAAAGAGAAGGCCUUAUCAUCUAUGACAGAGGUUGUCCAGACUGUGAAGCAUCGCCGCUCUCGCUCACAAGCUGCAGAUGAGUUUGCUGUCAAGCUUGAUGAACAUGAAAAGUUCUAUGUUGACUCUCCUCUUCAAAAAUCUUCAGACAUUAAAAAUCUCAAGUCACGAGGUACACUGACUCCUCUACUGGAUGCCAACAGCGAGUCACCAAGAAUGAGCAUUAGAAAAUCAGGCCGUUCUUCCUUAAUAGGGUUUAAAGUAAGAAAGCAGAGUUCUGUAGAAAAGAGCGAAUCUCUUGUCGAGCCAGAGAUUUUAAUGACGAAAGAAGUUCAACACACAGAAAGCUGGGAUCAUAUGGAAAGAGAAAAAGAUAUACGACAAGGAAUUGAUUUGGCUACAACACUGGAGCGCAUUGAAAAGAAUUUUGUUAUAACAGAUCCUAGACUUCCUGAUAAUCCAAUAAUAUUUGCAUCUGAUAGCUUUCUUGAACUGACAGAAUAUUCACGGGAAGAAAUUUUAGGAAGAAACUGCCGGUUUCUUCAAGGACCCGACACAGAUCAAGCAACUGUUGCAAAGAUAAGAGAUGCUAUAAGAGAACAACGGGAAAUCACCGUCCAACUAAUUAAUUAUACAAAGAGUGGAAAGAAAUUUUGGAACUUAUUCCACUUGCAACCCAUGCGUGACCAAAAGGGUGAGCUUCAAUACUUCAUCGGCGUGCAACUAGAUGGAAGUGAUCAUGUUGAACCCCUUCGAAAUCGCCUCUCAGAGAAGGCAGAGUUAGAAAGUGCUAAGCUGGUUAAAGCUACAGCAGAGAAUGUCAAUGAAGCUGUCAGGGAGCUUCCUGAUGCCAACUCGAGUCCAGAUGAUUUGUGGGCAAUCCAUUCCCGACCUGUCUUUCCAAAGCCCCACAAAAGGAAUAACUCUUCGUGGAUAGCUAUAGAGAAGAUCACUGGGAAAGGUGAACAGAUUGGUUUGAGACAUUUCAAGCCUAUAAGACCCUUGGGUUGUGGGGAUACUGGCAGUGUACAUAUGGUGGAACUGCAAGGUACCGGUGAAUUAUUUGCUAUGAAGGCAAUGGACAAAUCAGUAAUGUUAAACCGCAACAAGGUUCAUCGAGCAUGCAUAGAGAGGGAAAUUUAUUCGUUAUUGGAUCAUCCCUUUCUUCCGACACUGUACACUUCCUUUCAGACACCAACACAUGUUUGUUUAAUAACAGACUUUUGCUCUGGAGGAGAGCUAUUUGCAUUGCUUGACAGGCAACCUAUGAAAAAUUUCAAGGAAGAAACUGCAAGGUUCUAUGCUGCAGAAGUUGUAGUCGGUCUGGAAUACCUUCAUUGUCUAGGAAUUAUAUAUCGCGAUCUGAAGCCUGAGAAUAUAUUACUCCAGAAGGACGGGCAUGUCGUGUUGACUGACUUUGAUCUGUCAUUUUUGACAUCUUGUAAACCUCAGGUGAUAAAACAUGUAUCACCGUCUAAGAGAAGAAAAUCCAGAGAUCAGAUUCCUCCAACCUUUGUUGCAGAACCUAGUACACAAUCAAAUUCAUUUGUUGGAACAGAAGAGUAUAUAGCUCCUGAGAUUAUCACAGGAGCAGGACAUAGUAGUGCCAUAGAUUGGUGGGCUCUUGGAAUUUUGUUGUAUGAGAUGUUAUAUGGCCGUACACCUUUUCGAGGAAAGCAUAGGCAAAGGACAUUUGCCAACAUUUUGCACAAAGACCUCACCUUCCCUAGUAGCAUUCCAGUUAGCCUUGCAGCCAGGCAGUUAAUCCAUGGAUUGCUCCACAGAGACCCUGCUUAUCGUUUGGGAUCAAAUAUUGGUGCAAGUGAAAUCAAACAACAUCCUUUCUUCCGUGAGAUUAAUUGGCCUCUAAUUCGUUGCAUGACUCCACCUCAGCUAGAUGUUCCUCUUCAACUGAUUGGGAAAGAAGAUCAUUCAAAAGCUAAGGAUAUGCAGUGGGAUGAUGAGGAUAUGCUUGUUCAAAGUCUAGAAACACUUUAAGGGUACUUGCUUGGGUGAGAGGAUCUAGUGCUUUUCUUCCCUCACAAAUGUCCAAUUGCUUUGUUAAGAGAUUAUCGUCCUAUCUGGAUAAACAUUGGUGAGGGAAAUGGACAGGUCAUCAUGCACAGCAAAGAGAAGUGAUGCAUAUUACUUUGUUAUUUUGGAUGAGGAAAAUGCUAUACUGUAAUCAGAGAACAAAAGGACAAUGUCAUGUCAAGGUGUUACAGAUUUCUUUGUUGCUAAGGACCACUUGGCCCCUGAAACAUAAGAUACUCUUUCUGAAAGAACAAUCAAAAGGCUAUUACAAGGGCAUGUUUCUGUAUAUGUGCUAAAUACUUUUGUACUUCUAUCUGGUUUAAAUAAAAUUGCGAUUUAUGAUUGUAUGAA